GUAUUUUCCUACUUUGACAUUGACGUAUGACAUUGACGACCAAAAAAAUGACAAAAUCGCUGUAAAUCGCAAUGAAUUGAACGAUUGCGUACGGCCGUCGUAGUAAUUAUUUGUCGCAUAAAUCAGCAAAACAGUAUGAAAAAGCAGUAAUUUAAAAAUAUUAGUGAAAUCUAAAUUAUUUAAAACGUGACUCUUAUAAAUGCUUUCGUACUCUAUCAAUCCUUGAGAACAAAAUGGCGGAUUCACCAGAAACAGAGCAGAAACCUACAAUCAGCAACACGCAUAGGGUGUCACUGCCUACAGUCCUCUGUACUCCAGAACCAACGGACGAUAAUUCCGAUAUAUCUAUCAAAGUGAAUUCAAUCAUUUCCUCGGAUUCGAAGAUGUCUCUUCCGUCCAAUUUGGGCACCCCAACGUCUCCGUUGAGGCUAUCAUCUCCGCUGUCAUUACCGUCCUCACCAUGCGUGAAGAACUCCCCUCAGUCGACGAACUCAUUACCGAAUCCUAACCCGAAACCUAUGACGUCAAGCACAGCCUCGAACAAGACCGUGGUGAACAGCGGCUCGGCUACAGGCAAUCCCCGCAACAAAUGCGCUCUCCAGCCUGGCCACAGUUUGAUGGAUUGGAUCCGACUCGGCAACUCCGGGAAGGAUCUAACAGGCGUCGGCGGCAGAAUACGACCCGUGACACCCGCUGAACUCUCCACACACAAUACAACAAACGAUGCCUGGCUGGCGAUACGCGGCCGCGUCUACAACAUAACGCAUUACCUACCGUACCACCCUGGAGGACCCGAGGAACUAAUGCGCGGUGCCGGCAUGGACGCCACGCAACUGUUCGACAAAGUACACCCCUGGGUCAACUACGACUCUCUCCUCGCAAAAUGUCUCGUAGGCCCGCUUAGAUUCGAUCUCCCCGAUGCAGAAGAACUCUUUGACACUUCAAACCCGUCGCCUAAAUCCGACCGUCUCAGAGAACCGUCGAAAGCACAAGAACUAGUUAGAAAAUCCAUGGAGAACUUAGCCAAUUGCAUAACACCGGUUAGAAAGAAAAUUACUAAAGGUGACGAUAAUUCUAAAGGGAGUCCACCUAGCAAGAUUAUGCAGAGCUUAGUACAGUCCGCUGAUUUACCCAUGUCGAUAAGUCGCAGAGCAGCCUCGAGUCCUGUGAAAAAAGCGGACAAGAGUCCAGAUUCACCUGUACCUCUCCGCCAUGAUUGGAUUCAAACAUCAACAAAACUAACGAUAUCCGUGUACACAGGACACCUGGCUAACCCGGGUGGCUGUGCCCGGAUUACUGAAGGCUUUUUGUUGAUUGAAGUUGCGACCAACGGCUGGUUGAGGACGCUUAAAAUAAAGCCCGAAGGUAAAUUAAAGGAACCUCUACAGCUGCGUGUGUUCGCUGAGAGCGGUAAAAUAGAGAUCACCGCACUCAAAGCGGAGCCGAGUGUUUGGAAGGGUUGUGGGGAGGUGACGCUGGGGGCGGCUAGCCGCGUCUCCUCGCCGCGGACCGUCGAGUGCCGGGUCAUGGAGGUGAGCAGGGUGUCGCACGACACCUCGCUGCUGUCCGUGUGCCCCAGAGCUGGGCCAGUCGUCGUGCCAUUAGGACAUCAUGUACGAGUGCAUAGAAGAGUUGAAGGCUCAGAAUGCGUGCGUUCAUACACGCCCGUUGGCGAGGGCUGGGGACCGCCUGAUGGCACUGAAAUCUUCUCAGCACUCCGACUGGCGGUGAAGCGUUACGACAGUGGCGUCCUCUCGCCGCACCUCACGGCACUCAAAGUUGGAGACCUCAUUACCCUCUCUGGACCUUACGGCAACUUUCAACUGCAGAAGUUGAAGACAGUAAAGAGCCUGUAUUUGAUAGCGGCCGGUACUGGGAUCACGCCUAUGCUCGGCCUUAUAAAGUUUAUGAUGUCAAGGUCUAAUCCUAGAUGUGAACGGACACACCUAAUAUUUUUCAAUAAAACUGAAGCAGACAUCCUAUUCCGAGAAAACUUCGAAGAAAUGGCCAAAGAGGAUGACAGGCUGAAGAUCACGCAUGUUCUAUCAGAUGCCAGUUCGUCGUGGUCUGGUCACAAAGGACGCAUCAGGAACGAGCUGCUUACAGAAAUAGUGGGAGACGUAAAAUGUGACGACAAAUGUUCCCACUACGCGUGCUUGUGUGGUCCAACUGAGUUCACAUACGCUGGCCUCGAUUUAUUGAAGAAACAUGGCUUCAAAGACGACUGUAUUCACGCUUUUAUGGGAUGAGUGCCAUAAUAUUAUUGCGCUAAAUUUAUUUGUCAGUGAUAAACAAGAGGAUUAAAUUCUUCCUUCUUGGAAAGGCUUUGCGCAAAAACAUGUAUUUAUUAGCGCAAUAGAUGCGCAUACUUGCGCAAACUAAGUGUCUGCUUAACACCGCCAACCGUGCAGUUUAGUGCAAACAAUAACAUUUUUCCACAUAAUUAUGCCAAAAAUAGAUUACACAUCUUCGGUAUUUUAUACAAGCACUUAAAAUAGUAACUAGAUGAAAGUACAACCAAAGUAUUUAAUAAGAUUUUUUUAUUCCUAAAAGAUUGUAACUGCCCAAUAAAAGAGCAAUUGUAUAUAGUUUAUAAACUGUAUAUGGUAGUUUUAAAAACGGAACGUCUAAUUUUUUUUAAUAAUAUUUAGUAAAGAGUGAGAUCUAUUAAUACUGUAGCUGUAACUAAAUAAACUACAUCGUAGAAACUGUUUGACAAGUUUCGGCCAAAUUCUCGCACUUACGAUAACUUUCAAGAACAAAUUAAAUGUGUAUUAGUUUUAAAACCAAAGUGUGAUAACUUAGCUUUUUUAGGUACGUCGGACAUUAUUUUAGUAAUUUGUGAUUAGAAUAUUUGUGAUUGAGUAGAUUAGCUCAAUGUACAGAAAGACAACAGUAAGUCAUAAUUGUAUGAAGUAAAAUCCUGUCGAUAUUUAUGUACCUAUUCCAUCCAUUAUUAAAUGUAACUUGUAUCAUGUUAAGUUGUAAUUCUUUGUAUACUUUCUUAUUGUUUCCACCCAGUUUUUAUUUCCAUUUAUAUUUUAGUGCCAAAAUUGUUACAUGCUACUUUUAAACGAAUUAUAAAAAAAUACGUAGUGCUAAAUAAUAUAAACCAAUUUCUUAUAAAUAUAUUUCAACAAAUAUAAUGUACUUAAAAUGUGCAAAUGUGAAUAAUUUUGAGAGUUUAAGCAGUCUGUAAUACUUAGUAAGAGAAAGUAUUUUUUUUAAACCUCUAAUGUAAUCAGACUUAGGUAUUUUACUAGUUUUUCUAUUCUUACUUUAUAUUUAAAGAUUCUGAUAUGAGAUGUCCUUAUAUAGUUUUAUUUGGACCUAUGUACAUGUAGUUCUGCAGGUCAGACAUUGAAUUCCAGUAUUUCACGAGCAUUAUUCAAAUUCAAAAUGUACAUAACAAUAUUUCGGGUAUCAUGGUAAAAUAAUGACAACAUAUCAAGUACUUACAUUUUUGUAAAAGGACACCAAAAUUUUGUAUUUGUUUUUAACAAAUUAGAUUUGUCAAAUUGUCAUUAAUCAAACGGGUAACCAUUAAUGUUUGCAUUGAAACAGUAGUGUAAUCAAACCAUGUAUAGAACCUAGGUGUGUGUUAUAUAAAUAACAAAUUUUAAUAAUUCUAUUGUAUAAUUUUGUAGUAUACCUACCUAAAUAUGUAUCUUUCAUUUAUGCUUUUACUUAUAAAAGUGAAAUUGGUGAAUGUUUAUAAAGUGCCUACAUUCCA